CCGUAGAAACAAUAUGUCGCUGAUUCCAAGCUUCUUCGGCAACCAACGCAGCAGUGUCUUCGAUCCCUUCUCUCUCGAUGUUUGGGAUCCAUUCAAGGAUUUUUCUUCACUCUCCACUCGUCUUCCUCAAGAAACCUCUGCCUUUGUCAACACCCGCAUAGACUGGAGGGAAACCCCAGAGGCUCACGUGUUCAAGGCCGAUCUCCCAGGGCUGAAGAAAGAGGAAGUGAAGGUGGAGAUCGAAGAUAACAGCGUGCUUCAAAUUAGCGGAGAGAGGAAUAUAGAGAAGGAAGACAAGAACGAUACGUGGCACCGUGUGGAACGUAGUAGUGGGAAGUUCUCCAGGAGGUUUAAGCUACCGGAGAAUGUGAAGAUGGAUCAGAUUAAGGCUUCUAUGGAGAACGGAGUUCUGACUGUUACUGUUCCUAAAGUUGAGGUUAAGAAGCCUGACGUCAAGGCAAUUGACAUCUCUGGUUAAAAACCUAACUGUUCUGUUUAGAACAAUGCUAUGGAUUGUCUUAUCUAUAUAAAAUUCGUGUGAAUGCAAUGGAGUAUCGCUAAUAAAAUAAUAAUGUAAUAUCGUUGUUCUGAGUGUAUAAUUAUAUCAUCAAAAAAUUGUUCUUCAA